AUGGGUAGUCCACCUAUCGUGACGGGCGCUGAGCCCAUGUCACCAAACUUGGUACCGACGUGUCUCAUUAUACCAGGACAAGCUGACGCUACGUUCAACUUGUUAGAGCCGAAUGAUCGUGUGCCUAUUGUUAAACGUGCUGAUGGGACCCUCGGCCCUAUCAAGGCGCCAAAAUCCGAGGCGGAAUACGAAGCAAUGAAGCCUAUUGUCGUCGAGGACGUCAAAUUGACCUCGUUCGCGUUUGUCAGCAGCGGCAACGGGCUCUUCGACAUCUUUACCAAUGACAAUCCCCGCCAAUAUGUUGCCAAAAAGCCUGAUGAUUCGGUGACAUUAACAGACCAGGUCACCAACGACGAUCAGCUAGUAACGUCCAUCUUCGAUGUAACAUGCGAAGGCCGCGUCACUGUGCGGAUUGGUACGCAAUACUACACCUGGGCGCUGAGUAACGGCAACACAGUGAUGGCAAAGGCGGACGGCACGCCAGACACGAUGUGGACAUUACCCACUAAAGCGGCUGCGGUGCAGCGACGCAAACGCACCAAGUCGCAGGACAGCUAUGUCCCACGCUGCCCAUCGUAUCCUCGACCCCUCGACGCACGCGUUUUCGAUGGCGCCCGAGGCAACAAUCCGAACAAGUGCGGCUCGAAGUCGUUCAAGGUCCCAGAUUUGAGCUUCGGCAGUUGCUGCGACCAACACGACAACGACUUUGACGACUGCUCGAUGACAUUCAUGGAGGGUAACAACCGGUUCCUUUCGUGUAUGAGCGGAUCUGGAUGCAAACAUCUAGAUCAUUGGUACAGCUAUCCUCUCUACCUGGGAUGCUUGAAUACGGCCUUGUUCUACUACAGUGUGGUGUCAAGCGUCGCGGGACAGAUGGCUUUCUAUGCUUUUGCACAGGCUCGACACCCGACGGCUGCAUGGUCAAAGGGCAGUUCCAAUGUCUCAACGUCAAAUCUAACGAUGUCAACAACUGUGGCGCUUGUGGACGUACCUGCCCCCAAGGCUCAAGAUGCGAAGGCGGACAGUGCAAAUGUCCUGCGGAACAGUGCGGCGAUCGUUGUUUGUGGGCGAGGGUCUCCGUCUGGCUACUGUGUUCAAGGCCAGCCCUACACGCCUCCAGCCUUUUGCUCUCGCGGCAACGCCUUCCGGAACGGAAACUUCGCGAAUGGAGGAAACGACUGGAGUGGGCAGAUUGUCAGCGGUGGUGGCAACUCGCGCUUUGAUGUUGGCUUUGAUGGUGGAGCCGAAGAUGCAGACAGGAGUGUGGGCAUAUUCUCUCUUUAUGCACCCAACGGCGGCGCCAACCUCAAGACCUCCCUCAAGAUGUGCCCCAAGUUGGCAUACAAACUUGGAUUUCAAAUCCGCCGACCCUACGGCACGGAUAGCUGCACGUACUACGUCUAUGUUGCUGGCGAACUCAAGAACAGUGGCCCGGUGCCACAACCGACGAAAGUGGGUGCUGGGUGGAUGUGGGUGUCUGGUCUCAGCGCUGGGCCUUUCUAUGGAGAGCGACAGGGUGUCAGCGUAGCUGGGCCUGAACUUUCGGUGGACUUUCAGCUCGACAUCCGGUGCUCGGGCAAUGCGCCAUACAAUUUCAUCCGCGUGGACCAGUUCUCGGUGAACCCAGCACAAUAA